CGGAUUUUCAUCGCUGGGCUCAGCAAGUGUUGCAAACACGCAGCACCCGCCAGGAUGCAGGAGACCAGUUCCGUUUGUACCACGUCGUAGCGCCAUGACCUGCGUACGCGGCCUGCUCCUACUGCUGCUAUUGCUCUCGGCCGUCCUCGCGCAGGAGACGACGGGCGAAGUCCCAUCGCCAGCGUCCAGUGAUACCCCGACACCGACACCGACACCGAGCACGGACGCGCCGGCAACGACAGCGCCGCCGCCGACUGUUGCGCCAGAGACACCUUCGCCCACACCACCGCCGCCUUCGCCGCAGCCCACAAAGACCGAUGCACCAGCCCCGACAGUCAGCCCGACGUGGGCACCGGCGCCGCCGACGCAAGCGCCCGUGACCAACCCGACGCCCAAUCCCGGAAACAAUGUCGCUACGCCGCCGCCUGCUGUGACCGUGCCGCCCACGGUAGUCAUCGUGCCAUCGACCGAGUCGAGCUCGACCCCCGCCGUGGCCACGACGAUGCCGUCACCACCAAAAGAGAACAAUGCCAGUCGCCCGGCCAACAGCACAACGUCCACCGAGACUGCGUCGGGAUCAAACAUGGACGUUAUCGUCGGCGUGCUUGGUGGUAUCAUUGGCACCGGCGUGCUCGCCCUCGGUGUUGUCUGCGUCCUUCGCCGGCGGCAGCGCAAGAACGUGCCGGCGCGGGACUCGACGUUUUGGCCCAUCUCGCCGCCGCCGGCGAUGCUCGAGGCGAGCCCGCGCAAGCCGUCGACGUUCUUCCAGAAACACCAGUCGGCGCUCGCGUCGCUCGACGGAUCUCGGUCGACGACCAUCUCGGACGACAUUCUCGACUCGUUUGCGCCCAACCGCCGGUCGUCGGCGCUCUUCUUGCGCGAAGAUUCCGGUCGGGCCAAGUCGGUGCAGAUCGACGUCGCCGACUCGAUAAGACCUUCCAACAUCCUCGUCGGGAGUGUUCACAUUGACGACGACGACGACUUUGACGGCGACGUCGACGCCAUCCGCGGACACCACCAGUCGUACACGCUCUAGUCUAUUUAACCCGAACCGCGUCUUUUUCAAUGUUGAGUUUUCCGAAAAUUGACACUGCCAACCAUGCGAAUCUCUGUCGAGGCAAGGACGCACCAGUCGCCGCAAUAGGAGAUAGUACGGCGUCGUAAUAAUAAUAAGUCAAUGGGGACUGUCCCCUAGUUCUACGU